GUUCAUCUUUCUUCCUCUUCUUUCUUCCUGAAGAGAAAAGGAAGAAAGAUGUACCGGUGCAAAAGUUCGGCCAAAAAGGACAGGCCUAAUCCUAAUGACAACUUCGCUCGUUCGUUUACUUCGUUUCACUUGAAUAGAAUGAAACGUAGUAUUCCAUUCAAUUCCGUUUGAAAUGCUUUUCAAAGCCGAUCGUUCCGAGAAUUGUGCUUCUUCGCGACAUCGUCAUGCUGUUAAACUAAGCGUGAAACAUUCUUGAUACAUUCUUGUUCUCGUAUCUUCAAUUUUAAUUACAAGAUAUUUUGCAACAGUCCAUCGGGUUUUUGUGUCACUUUGCGCUACGAAUUUGUUUGAAUUCCAAUUUAUCUAAUUCUUAUUCUAAUUCCUUCUCCAAGUUCUUCCUUAAUUUUGCGUAAAAUUUUGAACGUGCAUAUAUGAUUGUUAAGAGAUAGCAGUUAUAAUACAUUUUACAUAACCUUUCGCUAUGUUGGUUUCGGCCAAAGCGAUUGUUCCGCUUUAAAAAAUUUAAUAAUAAAAAUAUGUUCCCGACAAAUUCAAAAAUACCUGGCGAUGUGCCCCCUUCGAAGAAGGAAAGCCAAGGCUAUAUUGAUGAUUUAAAAAAGAAACAGAAAUUUCAGUUGGAAGAGCUUUUAGAAAGGCAGAAAAGAAUUCUUGCUAAUAAAAAAUUUAUCUCAAAGCUUCCCGACAAAGGAGAGAAAAUUAUAAGCUUCUACAAUAAGAUACAGAAGGAACUUGAACACAGAAAUGAGAUGGAAGAAGCAGCUAAUGCGCUGUCACGGCUUAAUAUAGCAUCCGAAGGCAAAGCAGCUAUGAGCAAAUUGGAAUGGACAGGAAAAUAUAAUGAAAAGGAUGAUGAAAAUACGACUAAAAUCAUUGAUUUGGAUAGUGACGAUGAGGAGGAUCCACUAAAAAUAUUAGCUCAGCCUACAGGAACUGGUGUUCACAGGAAGAAACUUAUACAUGUGGCACCUGAAGAAAGCCUCAUCAAACCUGAAGACAUAGCAGAGAUUGAAACCUUUAAAACAGAUCCUUUAGACACAGAGCAUGUCAAGUAUAUCGUUGAUAAAGUAGAGAAGACACAGGAAGUAAAAAAAAGGGAGCCGUUUAAACCAUAUAAAACAACAAAGAGCAACGUACAUGAUCCAAUGAAGGAAAAACAAAGAAAAUUGCAUAAAAAUUGGGAGGUCACAGCAGCUACACCGCCUCUUAUAGUUCAUGGAGCAGCUAAGGUUCUGAAUUUGAAUGAAUCUUUAAAAUUACAGAAAGAACAAACUGAAAAAUUACAGGAAAUUCAAGCGAAACAUGCAGUGGAACGUCUAGCUGAUCAAAUAGGACAUAGUAUUGGUCCUACAUCGCGAAAUGUAGGCAAUUACCGCACACAAUAUACAAACGGUUUACUCUCUUCAUCUUCUUCUGAUGAUGAAGAGGAACAUGAAGUGCACGAUGAGGAAGAUAACGACAGAAGUGGAACAGUUGUAUUUACUGUAGAUUCUAUAGAAAGCUAACAAAGACUGUUAAAUUUUGUGAAUAU